CCUGCUGCCAGCCUCGGGCCGCAGUGAGGACCCCGCGGGGCCGAAGGAUUCCUCCCGGGGAGAUAAGCCUGGCCUCGGACCCUGGGACCCGGUGGGCCGGACGCCUGGAGGAGGAAAAGAGGGGACCAAGCGCUCCUCACAGACCCUGCGGGUCCGCGGCUCAAGGGGGUUGGCAAUGUUUCAGAGGCUGCCUGUGAAUGAAGAAACUGGGUCCAUGGACAAAGAUGUGGAAAACAGCGCUGCCAACCUGUGUUGGACAAGGAGACACAAGAGGGGAAACAUGAGGAAGAUGGACCAAUUUUGUUGUUCUAAAAACAUGGCCUACGGAUCUCUGUCAUUCAGGGACGUGGCCAUCAGCUUCUCCCAGGAGGAGUGGGAGUGCCUGGACCCUGCUCAGAGGGCUUUGUACAGGGAUGUGAUGUUGGAGACCUACAGGAACCUGGUUUUACUAGCAGGAAUUUCCAUCUCUAAGCCAAAUGUGAUUACCUUAUUGGAGCAAGAGAAAGAGCUCUGGGUGGUUGUGAGGAGAGAGACAAGUGGAUGGUACCCAGAUUUGGAGUCAAAUUAUGGAGCUGAGAAGUUAUCUCCAGAAAAUGAUAUUUGUGAAAUAAAUUUACCUAAACAGAGUAUAAAGAAAAUAAGUAAAACUCUUGGCCUCAAGACCUCCAAUUUGAGAAAUGACUCAAAAUGCAGAAAUAGAUUUAGGGAACAACAGGAACAUCAAGAGGCAUAUAUCAGUCAAAAGAUAAUAAGCUAUGAAAAAAUGCAUACUUCUCAUCGUAUGUCUCUUAUUCACACUACAAAUACACCAUAUCAAUGUAAGGAGUGUGGGAAGUACUUUAGUCGUGGUUCAAAUCUCAUUCAGCAUCAGAGUAUUCAUACUGGAGAGAAACCCUAUGAAUGUAAGGAAUGUGGGAAGACCUUUAGACUUCUUGUCCAACUUACUCGACAUCAGAAAUUUCAUACUGGUGAGAAACCCUUUAAGUGUAAGGAAUGUGGGAAAGCUUUUAGUCUUCCCACCCAGCUCAAUCGCCAUGAGAAUAUUCAUACAGGUGAGAGACCAUUUGAGUGUAAGGAAUGUGGGAAGUCCUUUAAUCGUAGCUCAAACCUUGUUCAACAUCAGAGUAUUCAUACAGGUGCAAAGCCAUAUGGAUGUAAAGAAUGUGGGAAAGGCUUUAAUCGUGGCUCAAAUCUUGUUCAGCAUCAGAAAAUCCAUUCUAGUGAGAAACCCUUUGAAUGUAAGGAAUGUGGGAAGACCUUUAAAUAUCAUUACCAAUUUAUUGAACAUUGUCGAAUUCAUACUGGUGAGAAACCCUUUGAAUGUAAGGAAUGUGGGAAGGCAUUUAGUCUUCUGAUACAGCUUGCACGACAUCAGAACAUUCAUACUGGUGAGAAGCCAUUUAAAUGUAAAGAAUGUGGCAAGGCCUUCAGUCGUGGCUCAAAUCUUGUUCAACAUCAGAGUAUUCAUACUGGUGAGAAACCCUAUGGUUGCAAGGAAUGUGGAAAGGCUUUUAGACUUUACCUACAACUUUCUCGACAUCAGAAAACUCAUACUGGCAAGAAACCUUUUGAAUGUAAGGAAUGUGGGACAGCCUUCCAGUAUCAGUACCAACUUGUUGAGCAUCAGCGAAUUCAUACAGGUGUGAAACCCUAUGAAUGUAAGGAAUGUGGGAAGUUGUUUCGUCGUGGUUCAAAUCUUAUUCAACAUCGGAGUGUUCAUACUGGAAAGAAACCUUUUGAAUGUAAGGAAUGUGGGAAGGCCUUUAGACUCCAUAUACAACUUAUUCGACAUCAGAAAUUUCAUACUGGUGAGAAGCCCUUUGAAUGUAAGAAAUGUGGGAAAGCCUUUAGUAUUCUCACCCAGCUUAAUCGCCACGAGAAUAUUCAUACAGGUGAGAGACCAUUUGAAUGUAAAGAAUGCGGGAAGUCCUUUAAUCGUGUCUCAAACCUUGCUCAACAUCAGAGUAUUCAUGCUGGCAUGAAACCAUAUGAAUGUAAAGAGUGUGGGAAAGGCUUUAAUCGUGGCUCAAAUCUUGUUCAGCAUCAGAAAAUCCAUUCUAGUGAGAAACCCUUUGAAUGUAAGGAAUGUGGGAAGACCUUUAGGUAUCAUUACCGACUUACUGAACAUCAUAGAAUGCAUACUGGAGAGAAACCCUUCGAAUGUAAGGAAUGUGGAAAGGCCUUUACUCUUCUGACACAGCUUACUCGACAUCAGAACAUUCAUACUGGUGAGAAACCAUUUAAAUGUAAGGAAUGUGGCAAGGCCUUCAAUCGUAGCUCAAAUCUUGUUCAACAUCAGAGUAUUCAUACUGGUGAGAAACCCUAUGGUUGCAAGGAAUGUGGAAAGGCUUUUAGACUUCACCUACAACUUUCUCGACAUCAGAAAACUCAUACUGGCGAGAAACCUUUUGAAUGUAAGGAAUGUGGGACAGCCUUCGGACAUCAGUACCAACUUGUUGAACAUCAGCGAAUUCAUACAGGUGUGAAACCCUAUGAAUGUAAGGAAUGUGGAAAGAGCUUUAAUCGUGGGACAGACCUUAGAGUACAUCAGAGAAUUCACACUGGUGAGAAACCCUUUGAAUGUAAGGAAUGUGGGAAGUCCUUUAGACAUCACUAUCAAUUUCUUGGACAUUACAGAAUUCAUACUGGUGAGAACCCCUAUGAAUGUAAGGAGUGUGGGAAAUGCUUUACUUGUGGUAGUGAACUUAGAGUACAUCAGAGAAUUCAUACUGGUGAGAAACCAUAUCAAUGCAAGGAGUGUGGGAAGGCCUUUAGUCGUAGCUCAAACCUUAUUCAACAUGUUAAAAUUCAUACUGGUGAGAAGCCUUAUGAAUGUAAGGAAUGUGAAAAGGCCUUUAGCAAUAAUUAUGAACUUACUGUACAUCAGAGAAUUCAUACUGGUGAGAAACCUUAUGAAUGUAAGGAAUGUGGGAAAACUUUUAGACUUAGUUCAGUUUUUACUGCCCAUCAGAGAAUUCAUACAGGUAUGAAACCCUAUGAAUGUAAAGAAUGUGGAAAGACCUUUAGUUGUAGCUCAAACCUUAUUCAACAUGAGAGGAUUCAUACUGGUGAGAAACCUUAUGAAUGUAAGGAAUGUGGGAAGGCCUUUAGACUUAGGUCAGUUUUUAUUGCCCAUCAAAGAAUUCAUACAGGUCUGAAGCCCUAUGAAUGUAAAGAAUGUGGGAAAGCCUUUACUGUGAAUGGUCAGCUUACUCGACAUCAGAAAAUUCAUACUCACCAGAAGUCCUAUGAAUGUAAGGAAUGUGGGCAAACCUUCACUGGAUAUGAACAGCUUACUCAACAUCAGAAAGUUCAUAGUGGCAAGAAAUCCUAUGACUAUAAAAAAAGGUGGGAAGACCUUUCAUCAUGGACUCAGAUUUGCUCAACAGCACAGUAUUCCUACUGGUGAGAAACUGAAUAGAAGUAACAUGAAAAGAUUUACAGUCACAGCAAACACCUUAGUGUUGAGAGGACAUUCUGGUGAGAAAGUCUCUGAAUG